UCUAUGAUAAUUCACACAUGAAAUUUUGUAUAUUGAAAACGUUGAAAACUAAUUUCUUAAUAACCAAAUUUGGAGUUAGUUUAAGAUUGAAUGAAAAACAUUUUCAAGUGACUAUUUUAUAUAGAAAAAAACAGCGUUAUCUUCAUUAAAAAAAAAUCAAAAAUGAGUCAAGGAUUUUCGAAAAAACUUCAGGAUGAAGUUGAUAAAUUCAAGCUGGCUCAAAAAGAGUAUCACAAGGCGGUUAAUAAACGGCAACAAUUAGAUGGACAAUUAAAUGAAAAUACAACAGUGAAAGAGGAAUUGGAUCUCUUAAAGGCCGAAAAUGAUGUCUUCAAACUUAUUGGACCAGUUUUAGUUAAACAAGAUUUGGAGGAAGCCAAGCAAAAUAUUUCAAAACGAAUGUCCUAUAUUUCAUCUGAAAUAAAACGAACGGAUGAGUUGAUUGCAACUCUGGACAAAAAACAAGAAUCUCAUCGUGCAAAUUUGGAAAAAUUACAACAAUCGUUUCAACAGCAACAACAACAACAGCAAAGAAAAACAAAGGCUUAAUUCUUGAAUACUAAAUUUUUCUUUAAAAAAAUUAAAAUUACUUUCUUCUACAAUAUGAAAUUUUCUGUUUUCAUUUUAUAAUUAAAAUAAAAUUAUCUAUUUAACAAUAAAA